GAUUACCCGGGUUUCGUAGAACGUGUGGUAUGGAAAGGAUCGCUUGCGGAGCUGAAAAGAUAAGCAGUUGAAGAAGGUCAAGUAGAUCCGUCUUUCCUCGGUAGCGAAGCAGGUGCUUCUAGUAUCCGCGCCGGUAGUUGUGAAGAGAGCGAAGAAGUACUGUAGAUAUUUCUUUCCUCGGUAGUCGUAGUUUUGAUGUUGGAGGUAGCGCAGCGGCCACAGGACGAGGAGGAGGACCCACCUCAGCACCAGGAGGUACCACUACAGGUACCACAACAGGUGCCGCUAUUGCAGACCACACGUUUCAGCAGAUGAACAACGAACAAGCAUCGACUUUUUUGCUCUUGUAUGAGCACGUUUUGGCUCGACUGCGUUUUCUUGAGAGCAAUAGUAGGGGAGGCUUUGCUUUCGAAGUCGACGAUGACACGCUGGAAAGAAUUCGGCAGCAGACUGUAACUGAAGAAGAUAAGGGUUCAUCUUUUAGUUUUCCAGAAUGGAAAACUCAUAAACGUUUCGAGUGUCCCACAACUACGGCGCCAAAGGCAAUGCUGGAAAGCAUGGACUAUGAGUAUAAGCCACUACGAGGUGAGCCAGAGUCAAUGGUGGACGAGGAUGAAUCAGCCUACAUAUGAAUCAGGCUAAGCACAAG